AUGGAGGCGCUUGCGGGUGCGCCUGUGGCCGUCGCCAUCGUCGUGGUAGCUGCAUCCGCCCUUCUGCUGCUGCUGUUCAGAGGGACAGGCCGGAGGCCGAGCGGCCAUGUCACCUUGCAGGACCCCCAAGCCAAAUACGCGCUGCGGCUGGUGGACAAAGAGGAAAUCAGUCAUGAUACUAAGAGAUUCCGAUUUGGGUUGCCUUCACCAGAUCACAUAUUAGGAUUACCUGUAGGCCAACAUGUUUAUCUUUCUGCAAAAAUUGGUGGUAAUCUGGUGAUUCGAGCCUAUACCCCAGUUUCCAGUGAUGAGACAAAGGGUUAUGUUGAUUUAAUUAUAAAGGUCUACCAUAAAAAUGUACAUCCCAAGUUUCCAGAAGGUGGAAAGAUGUCCCAGUACCUAGAUGACAUGAAGAUUGGAGAUGUGAUUGACUUCAGAGGGCCAAAUGGACUCCUUGUGUAUAAGGGGGCAGGUACCUUUCUUAUUAAGCCUCAUAAGAAGUCUGAAGCAGAGAAGAAGUCUGCAAAGCAUCUUGGGAUGAUAGCUGGAGGAACAGGAAUAACUCCUAUGUUGCAGCUGAUUCGUCGUAUCACAAGUGAUCCUAAGGAUUCCACCAAAUGUUACCUUCUUUUUGCUAAUCAAACAGAAAAGGAUAUAUUGCUGAGAGCUGAGCUAGAAGAUAUAGCUAAGAAGCAUCCUGAACAGUUCACGCUGUGGUAUACACUGGACAGACCUCCACAAGAUUGGAAGUACAGUUCUGGCUUUAUUACUGCAGACAUGAUUAAAGCCCACCUGCCUUCUCCCAGCAGUGAGACACUCAUUCUCAUGUGUGGGCCACCACCUAUGAUUCAGUUUGCCUGUCAACCCAACCUGGACAAACUUGGCUAUCCCAAGAGCUGUACCUUCUCUUACUAACG